CCAUAAAAAGGGGGCGGAGGUGAACCUGAACCAAACUUUACUGGUUUGUACCAUACGUGAUAAGACUGUAGUUACUGUGAUGUUAUUCAAGUCAUUUGUUGGGAGUGCCUGCACUCUGAUAGGAGCUGCCACAGCUGUUAAAUUCGCACCUGUGGAAGUCAAGGCCCAGGCGGCCGCUCUCCUUCACAGCGCAGUGAGGAAACCUCACCUGGUGAAACAAGCCGACAUGAGGGUCGAGCUUCUGCCCGCACUCAGUGACAACUAUAUGUAUCUGCUCAUCGAUGAAGACUCAAAAGAAGCAGCGAUUGUUGACCCCGUGGAGCCAAUAAAGGUUGUGGAAGCUGUAAGAAAACAUGGUGUAAAACUAACAACAGUAUUGACUACCCAUCACCACUGGGAUCACGCUGGUGGAAACGAGAAGAUGGUGAAGCUAAUGCCGGGGCUGAAGGUCUGCGGAGGAGACGACAGAGUCGAUGCCAUUACCAAGAAGGUUUCUCACUCCAACACUCUCAAACUUGGAUCGCUCAGUAUUAAAUGUUUGUUUACACCGUGUCACACGACUGGUCACAUCUGCUAUUAUGUGACAAGAGAAGGCAGUUCUGAACCACCUGCUGUUUUCACAGGUGAUACGCUGUUUGUGGCCGGUUGUGGUAAAUUCUUUGAGGGUACAGCAGAGCAGAUGUACGAGGCUUUGAUUGAGAUUUUGGGAAAUCUUCCUCCUGAGACGCGUGUCUACUGCGGUCACGAGUACACCGUCAGCAAUCUAAAGUUUGCACGUCACGUGGAGCCGCACAAUGAGGUCAUUAAAAAGAAGCUAGCAUGGGCAAAGGAAAAGUGUGACAAUGGAGAGGCAACUAUACCUUCCACUUUGGCUGAUGAGUUUACAUUUAACCCCUUCAUGAGAGUCAAAGAAAAGUCUGUUCAAGACCACGUGAAGAAGACCAACCCAAUCGAAACCAUGAGAAGCCUCCGAAAAGAAAAAGACGGUUUCCGAGUCCCGAAGGAGUGAAGUCCUGCAUACUGGGAUGAAUUUCUCCAUUUGUCAUGACACAGCAAACUAUCUAGUUGUACAGUAAAAAAGGAAAGCCAAUGAACAUUGAUUUAUACAUUUAUUAUCAUAAAAAACACAAUAAUAAUACCACUAUUAAGCUAUAGCAAACGCUGUAGAAUAUUCUGAUUCAGUUUGUUUGGUUAAAUAUGUGUUGAAGAGACAGGCUGAAGCAAUAUGUGGCCACUAACAGAAUGCUUUGAAGGGUCAUUUUAAUUUGUAAAUGCUCAAGAGUCUAUUUUGUUUUAAUAUAUUGACGUAGAAACACAAAAGUUCUGUGUUUGAAUAAAAGACACAUAAAGGAGUCAUUUGUGAAACAAAUGUGUUCCAUUUCUGAGUCAGUUCACUAAGAAGUUGUGUUUUCUCACUCUGUGCAGAUUUGUACUGUCUUCUUCUGAUUCUAAAUGUUUUGUUCAUUCUUUUAUUUUCACAUUUGUCUCAAAACUGUGUGAAAUUCUGCACUACUGGUUUUUAACUUGCUUUAUUAUUUAGAAUUAUUAGGUGAGUUCGCCUUAGUAUACGAAUCGGUUUGUCAGCACUACUUUUUACAAAUCCUAAAUGCUUUUACACUUUUAAAGAAUAUUCUACAAUGUUCUUUACAAAAAGCAAUAAAAAUGUAUUUGUUGAAAAAGUGAA